CGCAGUCUCAUUGUGCCUUGGUAAAGAACAACGCUGGCCUCUUCUUACCUGAAGCUUCUUGCGUCAAGCAGUGGUUACAGCAUACUGGGCGUUUUCUAUCGACAUGCGUAAAACUCUCUGGCAAAUGUGUCAUCUUGGCUGCAAAUUUUGGUAAGGUAGGAAAGAAUGAAAUUAGCCUUAAUCACCGUCACAUUUAUUGUCGCCGUGAUUAUAAUCACCGAAGUGGAGCUCGCUAAACCCAGAAGGAUACCAAAGAGAAAGGUCCAAACAGGGAACAGACGACAGCCGAACCGGUCGCGAAAUCCGAGGGGACCCAAACACCCCGUCGGAAAGCCUGGGUCUCGACAAACAGGUAAUCAGCGCAAACCCAACAAGGGACAUAAUCCGCGUCACCCGAAGAAACCGGGAAAUGCGGGGCACGGUCCCAGCAAACCUGCAAACAAGCCUGCACCACAUCUUCCUGGACACGAAAACGCGGGGCCUGGAGCCAUGCCGGAUACGGAUGGUUAUGGGUAUAACGGGCACGGAGGAAGUAACCUUUUAAUGUACGGCCAACUCGCAACUGAAAUGGUGUCUUCAUUGGGCAAUUCUGCAAACGACAUAACACGGACAGUGUUGGAAUCUCAUGGAAGAGCAAGCGAAAAUCCGGAGGAUGGCAACGAUGAUGGCAACGUGAAUGACAAGGCGGCUGGUAAGGCGCCUGGAAAGGUGGACGGCAAAGCGAAUAAUGGCAGGAAACCGGCAAAGCCUAGGUGAAGUGCAAAAAUAGAUUUCCAAGUGAGCAGGAAAACCUUGGUUUCAUCUUUUCCAAUUUGUACGAAGACGUGAUAACAAGUUACCAUCACUCGCACUAACGCUAAAGUCACUAAGAAGAGAACAAGAUUUAUACAUGAAGCCAAAUUAUGACAAUCGUUCCGUUGGGCGUUUCCCUUUCCUGUCCUGCAUUUCAUUAAAAUUUUUAACAUACUUUUCA